AUGAGUCUUUAUUUAUAUUCAAUCGUUUUAGGUACUUUAAUAACUGGUGCUGCUAAUUCAUUAUUUACAAAAUAUCAAGAUAAUCAAUGUGUUUUAAAUUGUGAUUCUCCAGAUUUAUCAAAACAUCGAAAUUUUGAACAACCUGGUAUUCAAACAUUACAAAUGUUUAUUGGUGAAUUGAGUAUGUUUUUCGUAUUUCAAUUUUAUAAGUGGUAUAAAAAUAGACAAGAAUACAUUUCAUUAAGAACUGAAGAAGAUGAUAUUAAAGAAGUUUCAAUUUUUUCAAGUGUUAAAUUAGCAAUACCUGCGUUAUGUGACUUAACCUGUACUACUUUAUUGAAUAUUGGAUUGGUUUAUACUCCAGUUUCAAUUUAUCAAAUGACACGAGGUUCAGUUGUAUUGUUUGUUGCUAUAUUAUCGGUUAUAUUUUUACAUCGUAAAAUCACCAAAUUGGAAUGGAUUUCAUUAUUUUUUGUCAGUUUAGGAGUUGCAAUUGUAGGUUUAAGUGGUUCGAAAAAUAGUUCGAAAUCCGAAUCAUUGGAUAAUACAGGUUUGGUAGUUGUUGGUAUUUUCCUUAUUGUAUUUGCUACAUUAUUACAAGGUGUUCAAUUUGUAGUUGAAGAACAUAUUUUGGAAAAACAACCUAUAAUUCCAUUACAAUUAGUUUUCAUUGAAGGUUUUUAUGGUGCUUCAAUCUUAUUAAUACUCAUGAUUUUAUUAAAUUUUAUUAUUGGAUCAGUUGAAUCAAAGAAAGAUUUCAAAUAUUCACCGUUCAAUUUAAAUGAAGCAUUUUCACAAGUUUUCAAUAAUGAAAAAGUAUUAUUUUCAUCAAUUAUGAUUAUGAUUUCAAUUGCUACUUUUAAUUACUGUGGAUUAUCUAUAACUCAUAAAAUAUCAGCAACUGCUAGAUCAACAAUAGAUACAUGUAGAACAUUAUUAGUAUGGAUAGUUGCAAUUAUAAUGGGAUGGGAAUCAUUUCAUUUAUUACAAUUUUUUGGAUUUAUCGUAUUAGUAUUUGGUACAUUAUGUUUCAAUGGUGUUUUGAAACCAGAAACGUGGUCAUUCAUACCUAGCUCAUUGAAGUCAGAGUUUAAUGGAGAAGAGAGAUUAAUUAAUGUUAUUGAUGAGAUUGAUGAACCUAUAGAUAGAAUGUAGAACGAACUGCUACCAAAUAUACAAAUUUAUUCGCACUGAAAAACUAUCAACAUUUAUUGCCACUCCAUAAUAAAAUGGUAAGUAAUAAUCAAAAGAUAUACUGAGUAAUACUAACAUCCACAGUCUUUGAGAGUAGUUCCAUCUGAUCAAAAACAGAAUUCAGUCAAUUCAAUCAAAUUUAAUGAUGCUUCUUCACAUACUCCUUCAUUGCAAGAUACUUUAAGAUCAGAAGAAGGUCCAUUAAAUAUUUCAUCUAAAAUAAAUAAUCAACAUCCAUUAGAAUCAAGAAUUAAUAAUUGGGAAGCAAAUGAAUAUGAUAAUAAAUUAGAAAUGUAUAGACGUGUAUUUGGAUCUGGUGAACCAAUUAAAAGAACAAUGGAUUUAAAAAUUAUUGAAGAAGUAGAUCAAUAUAAACCUAGUUUAUUGUCUAAUGGUAAUUCAUUACAUAAAGAUGUUUUAUUAAAUAAAGAUACUUCAAUUGAUUGGGAUGAUAUAUAUACUGGUGGGUUUGCAAAUGGUGAUAAUGUGAAAGAUUUCCAUUCUGAAAUGGAAAAAAGAUUGAAUAUUUAA